AACCCGUCACACAACAGUAUCAGUAUAUUCUUCAUUCUUUACCUUUGGUAGGUUUAAUCGUCACAUUGAUCAGAGGAACUAAGCUUCAAAAAUGUCGAGCUCACGGAUCUUCUAUGUCUUCCUAACCCUAGCAACCUUCUUAGUCUCAUCGGCCUUUGCCGAGGAAGUCGUCGUCUUGACCGAAGACAACUUCGAGAAGGAGGUCGGUCAAGAUCGAGGCGCUCUCGUCGAGUUCUACGCUCCUUGGUGCGGGCACUGUAAAAAGCUUGCUCCAGAGUAUGAGAAGCUUGGUGCAAGUUUCAAAAAGGCAAAAUCUGUACUGAUUGGAAAGGUGGACUGCGAUGAGCACAAGGGCGUUUGUAGCAAAUAUGGGGUUUCUGGGUAUCCCACACUCCAAUGGUUUCCUAAAGGGUCCUUGGAGCCCAAGAAAUAUGAAGGUGCACGUACUGCCGAAGCCCUUGUUGAGUUUGUGAAUACUGAAGGAGGGACCAAUGUGAAGAUAUCUGCUGUCCCGUCAAAUGUAGUGGUGCUAACUCAAGAUAACUUUGAUGACAUUGUUCUUGACGAAACAAAGGAUGUCUUAGUUGAGUUCUAUGCACCCUGGUGCGGCCACUGCAAAAACCUUGCUCCUAUUUAUGAGAAGGUUGCAGCAGCAUUUAAAAUGGAAGAAGAUGUAGUGAUUGCUAAUCUUGAUGCUGACAAAUACAAGGGUCUGGGUGAAAAAUAUGGUGUGAGUGGCUUUCCUACUCUGAAAUACUUUCCAAAGGGCAACAAAGCUGGUGAAGACUAUGAUGGUGGCCGGGAUGUAGAUGACUUUGUUACUUUCAUCAAUGAGAAGUGUGGCACUAGUCGUGAUGGGAAGGGACAACUUACUUCCAACGCUGGUAUAGUUGCAACCUUGGAUAACUUAGUGAAGGAAUUUGUUAGUGCUGGCAAUGAUGAGAAGAAAGCUGUAUUUGCCCGAAUGGAGGAAGAAGUUGAGAAGCUCAAGGGUUCUACUGCAAGAUAUGGCAAGAUCUACUUGAAAGUUGCCAAGAACUGUAUGGGAAAAGGUGCUGAUUAUGUUAAGAAUGAAGCCCAGCGGCUGGAACGCAUUCUUGAGAAGUCAAUCAGCUCAGCUAAGGCUGAUGAGUUCACUCUCAAGAAGAAUAUCCUAACUGCCUUUGCUUGAUUCCCGAGAGGAAUGACAUCCUUGGCGUUGCAACUUGGAGGUACCUGUAGGCUCCUUCGUGGAGCUGCUCUUUUAGGUUCUCUCUGAACUUCGGAAAUGUACCAUUUUCAUGCAACUCCAACUCGGUUAUACUGCACAAUUUUUUGCACCUUUAAAUUAUAAUCGUAGAAGAGAGGGAUUGACAUGACCAAUAAUGUAAAAUUUUAAUCGUAGAACCCUUAUAAUUAUCAACUAUUUUUGAAAGCUAUUUUUUUUUCUACUUUUAUUUGGUUGAAUAGGAAAGGAAUGUUUUUA